GUGUAGCUGCACGACCCAGAUUGCCAUGGUUUCGACGAUAGGACGUUGAAAAGGCGUGGAUACUAUAACACUCGCCAUAAAUUAUACUUCCGUUUUCGAUGCCGCGUCUAAUCAAAGUGGUGAAGGCGCCUACCAUGUGAAAGACUAGUGCGAAGGUGACUUAAUGCAUUACGAAGAUUACAUACGAUUGUUUGAACCAGUUUUGUCCACAAAGCAGUCGAAACUCGUUCGAAAUUUGUUUGCCUGUGAUCUGAAACUUCUCCUUGUAGGAUACAAAAGUAGCAUGCUAACAUUUGUGAUGUAACUUUUUUGGAGGUAAGCGAUCGUUUAAACAAAGCUUAUACCAUGCACUGAGUUUACUUUCACUUUCGACUAGUGAAGUUCGGCUGGUGUAAACAUGGCGGUGGAGAAGAGGGGGGUCGGGGUGGAGGUGCUGGGGGUCCCGAACUUGUUGUCUAAUGAUCGGACGAUUGAUAAACUCCUGAUCCACUUUCUGAGACCACGGAACGGAGGUGGGGAGGUGCGGCGGGUCAUCUACCCGACGAGUGUACCCGGGCAAGCCCUGGUCAUAUACGACGAACCAGACGACGCUUCCCGCGUCCUACAAAAGAGCCACCAUGAACUGGAAUUUGGGGACCGAAAAUUUCCUGUGGAGGUGAAACCUGUCGACAGACCCGAGCUUGACCUGCCAGUGGAGGCCACCCUGAACAUAAGCAUGAUCGAUGAUAAGAAGGAUCUGAGUCGACUUAUGAAGAUGCAUGGCCUUAAGAUCAUCAGCAUUCGAGGCAGCCUGGUACGAGUUGAGGGCUCCAUGAUGAUGCUGAGGUCGUUCAAGGCCGAAACCCAGAAGAUGCUGGAAGCACAGACCUACAGCCUGACCCGACCCUCCUCAUCCUCAUCGGGACAAAGUAUGUCGCCCCCUGGUGCCGAUUCCAGGAACUCCACCAAUGGCAGCUCAGCGCAAGCUCAACAAAACCAAUGGAGAUCCUCAGAACCACGAUCCCUUGAUUGCCCUUCCCCUACCCCCUCUUCCUCCAGAUCCUCCUCCUUAUCAGCGAUUGGUCCAGGAGACAGUAGGCAACAAAACCACCGGAGAUCCACAGACCCACGUUCCCUUGAUAGCCCUUCCCCUACCCCCUCUUCCUCCAGAUCCUCCUCCUUAUCAACGAUUGGUCCAGGAGACAGUAGGCAACAAAACCACCGGAGAUCCACAGACCCACGUUCCCUCGAUAGCCCUUCCCCCACCCCCUCUUCCUCCAGAUCCCCCUCCUCCUUACCAGUGAUUGGUCCAGGAGACAGUAGGCACACGCCUCCCAAGAAACCGCCCACUGAGACCUUCAUCUUGUCCUCAGUCGUGUUGGACUACGCCCAGCGCCUCAAGAAGCUCGGCAUGGACGACAUCCUGCAGGGCCAUGGCGUCGAGAUGGAGGCGGUUGCCAUGGAUACCGACGUGAGCGGGGUCUCUGUUACGGGGUGGCGCGCACAAGACGCCGCGGCCGAUCUCCGACGAUUUCUGUCCAAGCUCGAAAGCGAGCUACACACCCGCCAGAUUCACCUGAGCGACCUCAGCCACGAAGUCCAAGUGCGCAUCGGCAAGCGCAUCCAGGAGCUGAAACACAACUACCCGUCGGUGCUCAUCAGACAGAUGGGCGGAGCCGUCCACCUGAUUGGACCGCGGUCGUCAUGUGACGAGCUGAAGGAGAGGGUCAUGCAGCCGAGGCCUACUGAGUGGCAGCCGCUGGAGUAUGGGAGGAGAACGGGGAGGAGCCAGGAGGAGGAAAGGAGUCGGGAGAAGGAAAGGAGUCAGGAAAGAUCGACCACGCCAAAGAGGCGGAGCCAAUCCGUGCCGAGAAAUAGGACGGGGAGAAGAGAUGAGCUAGAGGGCGAGGCUACGGCUAAGCCAGCUCCGCUGCCUUCCCUUGGUGGCGGCCAUUCUUGGCAGAGAGCCAGGGACCAUGGAGACCAAGUAGACCAAGGCGCCGCUCGGACACCAGAGUUCAAAGGUCUAAGGGGAAGGAGCAACUCCCUGACUAGGACCAUCGCUAAGCCAGAAAAGACCACCAACCACGUGAGCCCGGAGAGAACAAAUUCAAAACCCUCAAGGGGUCCAGUUAUAAAGCCCUGCUUAAUGUCUCACUCAACAAUGGUUAAAAAACAAUUUGGUUGGUAAAAUCUUGUCAACUUGUUCUUAGGCAUGAUUGUAUCAUAAUGGUUCAUGUUCCAGUGAUUAAGUAUGUCUUGGUUCUGUAUCCUUCCAUCGGCGGUUUGGUUGUGUUAUUGAUAUUGAAGUAACCUAGCAUGAAUGUGAAGAUAAUCAGUUUGUAAAUUGUACCUAGCUUAAUGUAACUUCAUUUUUGUAUAAUCUACACUUUUCAUUCUACAUUCAGACAUUGUAAGGGUAUGGAUCAAUGCACUGAAUCACCAUAUACUCAUUUAUUCCACACCACCAGAUACAAAUAAUCACUUUUCAUUAAGAGAGGGUCCAAUUAAAAUGCUUUAACAUUCAGCAAAUAACAUAAUUUGCCAUUAAACCUUUAAAAUGACCAAAUCAA